AUGGCUCUGACAACAUGCGUAUCAGACGAUGCCAGUAUCUCCAUGUAUCAGAAUUCGCACCAUGUGGAUGGCCAAGCUCGGGCCGAGUUGUCAGAUGUGGUUCGUGAUGCCUUGCUUCGUUUGCAAAGCCUUCUGUGGCCCUCCCUGAGCCCGUGUGAGUCCGCGGUGCUUCUUUGUGAGGACCUCAAGGACCCCAAAGGCUCUUGGUGGAGAUGUGUAGCAUCGCCCUCUCAGUGGAUCCUAAAGCCCCAAAGGCGCCGCGAGGGCAGGGCCGUCGCGGGCGGUGCCGUGCGAGAACACCCUGAAGGCUCUAGGACGCUUCAAGCUCGGUGGAAGCAGAGGCGUCGGAACCAGCACAUCGGCAUGGUCGGCACCAUCACGGGGCGCUGUGACGAGCACAUGUUUCCACUCAGCAUGUGGCCCAGGGGCGAGAUGGAUCUGGAACCAAGAAGUGAAGAAGAGCCACGAGCUGAUGUCUUCUUUCACGCCGAGCAAAACGACACGGCCUUUAUUCAGCUUCGAGUCUGGGGCAUCCCCAUUGACGUGGAUGCCUCCUCACGAGCGAUCUGGGUGGUCUGCGAGAAGGAGUACAUGACGAAUCAUGGCAUUCAAAUGGAACACUUCUUGUUCGCCAAGUGGGGUUGGUCCAUGGCCAACAAUCACGUUUGGUGGCAUAUGAUGAGGGGCGGGAACGUCAUUCAAUUGGAUGCCGACGAUGAUGCUAUGUGGGGCCUCGAUGGUGAUGGUUCCAUCCUCUGGCGCCCGGCCGGGGACGUGGGGAAACACAGCAGGUGGAUGCGCAUCGAUGGGCCGCCCAACGUGGCUUUGAAGCUGAUCGCAGCGGACAACGACGAGCGCGGCACGUGGCUGUGGUGCAUCGACGAUGAAGAUCGAAUUUGGCGUCGUGAUCCAGGAGACUACCACGAGAAGAAUCGCCACGACAAGUGGACGGACCGAGAUCCCGAGGGUCUUCCCUACUGGAGCAAACCGGAUGGCUCUGUGUUGAAGGACUUGAAGGCAAAUAUGGGCUUUGCCCUGGCCAUCGACGAUCAUGGCCACUUGCUGCGGCGCUACAUCAACGGAAGUUGCUGCAUGGAUUCGGAGUCUCCUGUGCACUGCUGGUGCAGUGAAAGGGGUGCUCCACGGUUGUCAGCCGUCACGGACAAUGGCGACCAUGGCUUGGGGUUUUAUAUGCCAUCGCUGCAGCACAAGAUCGAUGACACUUGGACGGCGAGCGCCAACCGUUGGCUGCAGCAACUCACCAGCCGUGACGACGGGCACAAUGCUGAUAGCCCUCACGAAGCUUCGCAGUACUUCUCCUACUACUGUGAUGCCAAUGUGGACCAUUGCGGCGGCUUAGACACCAGCAUCACGGACUUUUUGGAGGGAUGGAGGAAGGUCUCGCGGAAGAAAUGGGAGACCUGGGAUUGGGGCACCUUGAAGAGCCAGUGGCUGGGCGGUGUGGAAGAAAUCCGCUUUGUACCGGGUGAGAUUUGCCAACUUCCCUUGAAGCACUACGGCGCCUUCCGGGAGCGUUUCAUGCAGAACCUCUUCUGUUGUGCCCGCCACCUGCAAACCCCAGAGGAUCCCAAGUGUGAACAGACAGGCUGCCGCGCCUAUGAUAUGACUUGCCCUGGAUCCAAGUUGCUCACUUCUGAUGCUUGGCCGGCGUCCAGCAAGUCCCUCUUCGAACCGGUGCCCGGCAAGGAGGGCACGGCCGUGUGGGUCUUUCGACGCAAGUGCACACCCUCAGCGCGGCAGGCGAUCCUGGAGAAGGUGAAGCGGAUCAUCGACACCGGCGCCGAGGAGAUCCAAAGUGAAAACUUGGAUCAACUGGUGGUGGCUCUACAUACCUUUGUUGGGAACUUGGCGAAUGGAAGCUACGGCUAUGGACACUACACCUCCGAGUGGGAUCAUCUCUAUCAGGACUUCCGUGCUGUCUCCAGUGUGCAGCGGGAGGGCUACCUCACCUAUGCCGCUACCUUGGAGGUGGUGGGGCGACAACAGGUGGGUUUGCCCACGACCUUCGCUGAGGAUUACCAUUGCAUGCGGCAGGUGAGUUUUCUUGAGCAGCUGGCGUUUAUCGCGCAGCACAUUCAGACCGACACUUGGCUCAAAAGAACGACGGGGGAAGGUCGACUUUCAAGAAGAAAUGGGACGCACAACCAUGGUCUAGGUGUAUCGAAUUGUAUCGAGUUGUUGUUGUUGGCUUAUAAGGCCUAA